AGCAGAAGUCCCAGCUGCAGGAGCAGUUUAUCUGCCGAAGUGCACUUUUACUGAUAGAGCUUGUUUUCGUUUUUUAAAGGCUGUUUUUCCCUGUCUGCCAGUAGAGCACCGUGUUUCCAGGGAUGUAGCGUGGUCAGGUGUUUGUUUGCCUGGCUCAGAAGGGAAGGGAAGGGACGGCUGCUCCGGGUGUAUUUGCUGUGUGUGGCUCUCCUCUUCCUAUCCGGAAUCUGUAGGAGCUCCAUCAGUUUGCAGUGGGAAUUCUCUUGUGGAAACUAACAGGGAUGCCAAAGGAAAAAUAUGAUCCUCCAGAUCCUCGCAGAAUUUACACCAUCAUGUCAGCAGAAGAGGUAGCCAACGGGAAGAAGUCACACUGGGCUGAGUUGGAGAUCUCAGGCAGAGUGCGGAGCUUAAGUUCGUCGCUCUGGUCGCUGACGCACCUGACGGCUCUGCACCUCAAUGACAACAAUCUUACUCGCAUUCCACCUGAUAUUGCCAAGCUCCACAAUCUGGUUUACCUGGAUCUGUCAUCCAACAAACUCAGAAGUUUACCAGCAGAACUAGGAAACAUGGUGUCUCUCAGGGAAUUGCUUUUAAAUAACAAUCUGUUACGGGUUUUGCCUUAUGAACUUGGACGGCUCUUCCAGCUACAAACCCUGGGUUUGAAAGGCAAUCCUUUAUCCCAAGAUAUUCUCAGCCUCUACCAGGAUCCAGACGGAACCCGAAAGCUACUGAACUACAUGCUUGACAAUCUAGCAGUUCAUCCAGAGCAGCUGCCUCCAAGGCCAUGGAUUACUUUAAAAGAACGAGACCAAAUUCUGCCCUCAGCUUCAUUUACAGUUAUGUGUUACAAUGUGUUGUGUGAUAAAUAUGCCACCCGGCAGCUUUAUGGCUACUGCCCAUCCUGGGCACUCAACUGGGAGUACAGGAAAAAGGGAAUCAUGGAAGAAAUCGUCAACUGUGAUGCAGAUAUCAUUAGUCUUCAGGAAGUGGAAACAGAGCAAUACUUCACCCUUUUUCUGCCAGCCUUGAAGGAACGGGGAUACGACGGAUUCUUCUCUCCGAAGUCACGUGCCAAAAUCAUGUCCGAGCAGGAGAAAAAGCAUGUGGAUGGCUGCGCCAUAUUCUUCAAAACUGAAAAGUUCACGCUGGUGCAGAAGCACACGGUGGAGUUCAACCAGGUGGCCAUGGCCAACUCGGAAGGGUCGGAAGCCAUGUUGAACAGAGUGAUGACCAAGGACAACAUCGGAGUCGCCGUGGUGCUGGAGGUGCACAAGGAAUUAUUUGGAGCAAGCAUGAAAUCGCUUCACGUGGACAAGCAGCUGCUCAUCGUGGCCAAUGCCCACAUGCACUGGGACCCCGAAUACUCAGAUGUGAAACUCAUCCAGACCAUGAUGUUUGUCUCGGAACUGAAAAACAUCCUGGAGAAAGCCUCGAGCAGGCCCAGCAGCCCGACAGCAGAUCUGAACUCCAUCCCUCUGGUGCUGUGUGCGGAUCUCAACUCCCUGCCUGAUUCAGGUGUAGUGGAAUACUUAAGCAACGGCAUAGUGGCUGACAACCACAAGGACUUCAAGGAGCUGCGUUACAACGAGUGUCUCAUGAACUUCAGCGGGAACGGGAAGAACGGAGCUUCCGAAGGCAGGAUCACGCACGGCUUCCAGCUCAAGAGCGCCUACGAGAACAACUUGAUGCCUUACACCAAUUACACUUUUGAUUUCAAAGGUGUGAUUGACUACAUUUUCUACUCCAACACCCACAUGAACGUGCUCGGAGUCCUGGGGCCUUUGGACCCUCAGUGGCUGGUGGACAACAACAUCACCGGGUGCCCACACCCCCACAUCCCCUCCGACCACUUCUCCCUGCUCACCCAGCUGGAACUCCACCCUCCGCUCCUGCCUCUCGUCAACGGGGUGCACCUCCCGAGCCGGAGGUAGUGCCGCCCUGCCCCUGGAAGGGCACGGACCUGUUCCCACGGACCUGUACAGUUGUAAAUCCAAGUAUAUAGGAGUGAAGUAUGGCCAACCUUAAGCUGCUGCUUCGAGCUCCUUUUCCUUAUGUGUUUGAUAUGAGAUUUUUGCACAUUUUGGUGCAUAUUGGUAUCAUUUGGCACUAGGGCUGGAACCAAAGUAUUAUUCCCCUUUCCAGGUUUUUAAUUUAAUUUUUUUGUUUUGGGUUGUUUGGGGUUUUUUUUUUAUUUUAUUUUAAACUGGCUUUUUGUUUUCAGUAGGAAGCUGCACUUCCAAACGGACAAAUGAGAUUAAUAACUUGGCAUUUAACAUAUUUCAAGGUAAUGCUUUUUUCCAGAACGUGGCGAAAUGAGCCAACCUUUUAAGACAAAAGAAAAGCAAAACUAGAGAUGCUUGUUUUGUAGGAAGAAUAUUAGAAAUACUGUUUGUUUGAACCCAAAACAGAGACUGAACUCUGCAUCCAACAUAAAAUUUUGCACAUUAGUGAAGCACUUAAUACAUGACUAUAAAUGAUUGGCGGCGUGGCCCUGCCCCUCGUCUCACUACUAUCAGAAAACCAAAGAUAGCCAAAUAUCUGUGAUCAAAUUCGAGCUCUAAAUCCUCCUGAUGCCAAUUUAUUUGGGAGCUGUUGUCGGUCAGGGUUGAAUUAAAAAGCUGCUGGUUCCUUCCCAACUGUUAAUGCUCUUUUGGAUGUGUUGGAAAUCCUUUUUUCCUUCCUUUUAAUGCUCUGGGUGGCCAGUUCAAAACCUUGUGCCUGAAGAGGUGUUAAAACAUGAUGCAAUUUUCUGAAAAAAAACAAAACAAAACAAAACACAAACCUGUUUGGCUGCUUAAUGUUUAAAAAAAAAAAAAAGGCACAGUGAUAGGAAAAGGUCGUGUCUGUGUUUUUAAGUUUUUCUUUAUUCUGCUUUUUUGCUGCUAUAAGAUUUUCUUGAAUUUCUAUUUGAAACUUUUCAUGCACUUUACUGUUUCUAGUCUCCAAAUGUGAUAUUUUUAAUAAAUGAAAAACAUUUUCCAUGAUGUGAAUGAAAUUUUUAAGCAGAUUGAUAAGCCUAUAUUUAUGUCUCAUUCGUAUACUUUAAAAAAAAAAAAAAAGUCCAAUUUAAAUUGUGAAAUUAGUUUUAAAUACUAAGGAGCCAUCUUCUGUCUUGCAAAACUGCCAAGUCAGGCUGUUUCUCUUUAAUUAAACAUUUCCUUUGUUGUGGAUAUUAUCCAUAGGGGGAAAAAAAGACCCCAAUUAGACUUAGAGGAGAAACUGUUCCCUGACUCUGGUUGGAGGCUGGGGAGGGGGUGGGGUGGGCCAGAAUGCAAAAAUGGGUUCAACAAAACGACAACUUUUCCCUUGGAAAAGAAGUGCCUAAAAAAAGGAGGCAUCAUUAGUGGUCUGUGAUCAAUUGGAAGCAAUGGGAGCUGGGGAAAAUUCCUGUGCGGCACCUGAUUUGUGCAAAAAAAAAACAAACCAACAACCCCAAAACAGAAAAGCAAAAAAAAACCAAACCAACAACCCCAAAACAGAAAAGCAAAAAAAUAAAAAAAAAAGCCCUUUACAGAGAUUGAUUUUCCUCUGGGUGCAGGUAUCUCUGAAUAUACCUCAGCCUUCCCCACCUGGCUCUGGCACAUGGAUUUGAGAGUACUGGAAAGUAGAAUAGCAUGAAAAACUUAAUUCUGUGGACAUUACCUUUCCAUAACCAGCUGCUGUAUGUUUUUUUUGGGAAGGGGGGGGUGCUUGUCUCUGGAGGUGUGCACUGACCUGCUCCUCCUGUUCCUCCACGCACGGUAACUCCCAACGUGAGCAGUGUUUCCCACCAUACUUCACUCCCAGUAUUUUUUUGAGCUGUUUGUAUAAAAUGGAAUUUCCAAGUCACCCAUGGUUGUCUAUGAACUGCAGAGGAGUUUAGUAAUAAAAACACAAACCCAGCACCAAUGUUUUGUAAUAAUCAGGGUGGGAGAGGAUGGGGAUGGAAAAAACCCAAACCCUGGCAAAGGUGAGCUGCUCAAGUUGGCUUUUCCUUUGGUUUCUAAAGGUGGAAGUAUUCCAUUGCGGGAAGGUGUUCCAUUGCAUUUUCUCUGCUGCCAAAUGCACUUCCCAACACCCAUCACACCGUGUGGUUUUUAACACAGAAGUGUUUUUUUAACAGACGUUGCACAAAAAAAAAACAAACACCUUGUUUAUGUUUCAGUCAAUGCACAUGUUUACCUGCCUUUCUCCUGUCCAGCUCCCUUCUGUUUUCCCUUCCCAGCAGGAGCAGUGAGGGGAUGGUGCUUUUUUCCCAGCUGUUCUCUCCAUCAGCACUCCUCAAUUCCCAGCAUGUCGCAGCCCAUAUCUGGAAAAAAGGCUCCAAGCCUUUCCCUGCUCCUUCCUUUCAAAAACACGGUGCCUGGUGUCCACUUCCAAGCGACAGCACUGCCUAAAGCAAGCAGAGAAAACAAAAUCCAACACCCUUCUACAAGCAACUUUUUAAAACUCAACCUGGUAAAUCUGUUCCAUAUGGGGGUUUUGUGUGUGUAAAUAUAUACAUAUAUAUAUAUAUAUAUAAAAAGAGAAUUUUGUACAAUGCA